AUGACCUUGAUAGGGAUUGGAGAGAGUUACGAGUCUUCAUUGGUGACAAAAGAAGUCAAUAUUGAAUUUGAAGCACAUUCCAUAUCAGAUAAUGACUAUGAUGGGAUAAAGAAAUUACUACAACAGUUGUUUCUAAAAGCUCCUGUUAACACUGCUGAAUUAACUGACAUAUUAAUACAACAGAAUCAUAUUGGAAGUAUUAUCAAGCAAGCAGAAGUCCAAGAAGACAGUAGUGACGAUGAUGAAGAUGAUGAUGAAGUCUUUGGUUUUAUCAGCUGCUUAAACUUAACAGAAAGGAAGGGUACACAGUGUGCUGAACAAAUCAAAGAGCUGAUUCUAAGUCGAUGUGAGCAGAGCUGUGAACAACAUGUAGUGGAACAACUGAAUAAGCUCCUAAAUGACAGUACUAAGCCUGUGGGUCUUCUACUAAGUGAAAGAUUCAUUAAUGUACCACCGCAGAUUGCUUUGCCCAUGCACCAGCAGCUUCAGAAAGAGUUGACUGAGGCACAGAGAACAAACAAACCUUGUGGAAAGUGUCACUACUACCUUCUUAUCAGCAAGACCUUUACAGAAGCCACAAAGAGCAAUUCUAAGAGGAGGGAAGGGAGAAAGCAGCAAAAGGAGGAAUUAAUGUUUGCAAAUGCAGAGGAAGAAUUCUUUUAUGAGAAAGCCCUUCUGAAGUUCAACUACUCUGUGCAAGAGGAAAGUGACACCUGUUUGGGCGGCAGAUGGUCCUUUGAUGAUGUACCAAUGAAACCUUUGCGGACUGUUAUGAUGGUUCCAGCCAAUGGAAUUAAUGUAAUUAUGGAUAAACUCAAAGACUAUCUCUCACUCUGAACUUUCCUAUAAACGCUGUUUUUUUAUAAAGCAGCUGUGUGGAACUAUGACUUCGCAAUCUUUUCAGAAGACUUCUACUGGUUUUGUACUGCUCAAAUGAUUCCUCUGUACACUUAGAAGACAAGGAGGUGGUGCAACUAAAAUAUCCAUCAAAGUAAUAUUUUUAAAUAUUGUAUCUUAUUAUACAUUGGUAUCAUCACUAAGCAGUCAAUAAAGACCCAAUGUUACAAGAAAA